AUGUAUUCCCCAAAGCUGAGGCCUCCAAUGUCCAUCACCAACAAAGCAGGUGCUGAGGACAGCACAUUGUUGAGCACAAGACGCUGUUUAUUGGCAUGGGCAUUCGUCAGACUGAUAGUUUCCUUGCUAUGGACUGGUCUUGUAAUAUUAGCGACUAUCAUAACAAUACUCCACUACCAUGACAAAGAUUAUGUUAAUGACAGACAUCGCUUGCUAUUCGAAGUUCCUGCUAUAGUAGCACAAAUGGUUGAAACAGGGAUGCUCGUCACUUUCAUCGUGGCUGGAUUUAAGAAAAGUGCAAAGCUGUAUGACGUUUACUAUCGUUACUGCAUCCUGACACUGAUGCUGUACAUCGGAGCAGUGACCAUCAGCUUCUUCGUGGAAUACAAACAUUCACAUUAUUUGCUAGAAAACUACAUAACCUACCAUUUCGUUGAUUUUGGCAAUGUUUUUGGUAUAGCCGAUGCAUUAGUGCUCGGAUCGGUAGCUGUUAUUGAUGUUUGUCUUGAAAUUCUGCUGCUGCGGCUAAUCAAGAAACUGAUACUGAAAUACAGUUACAAUGAAGACUCAAAAACCACGACAGUGUGA